GGCCCGCACGGCUUGCACGAAGCUGUCCCACGGCUCCCCGCCAGACAGCAGGCAGCGGCACCACUCCAGCGCCUCGGCCGCCGCCUCGCCGCCGCCCGGGCCGGCCUCCGGGGCCAGCACCCGCUCCAGCAGAGUCCGCAGGUCGUCCGCCGCCGCUGAGCCGUCCUCGCCGCCCAGCGCCUUCUUCAACUCCUUCGCCGUCUCCCACUUAUCCCGGCCGCUGGCGCCGGCCCCCGCCAUGAUGAGAAACUGAGGGGCCGUUACGGUUGCGCUGGGCUCCCGGCUCUGGGGCUCUCCCCGCCGCCCUCUCUCCCCUCCCAGCGGCGCGGCGGCGCCUCCCUCUCGCGAUAGCCGCGGAACCGGCGCCCUCCCCACCGCCCGCUCCCUCCUCCUGACACUGCCUCUCCCCUCCCCUGACAUUACCCCUCCUCUUCCUCUGCCCUCCCCGCCGCCUUGUCAGCGCGCAGAUGCCCGAGGCCGACACCCCUCUGCUUUGCCACUGUCGUUUUGAGGCUGUCCCUCUCUGGUGACCUGUGUUGUACUGUGGUUCCAUAAAGGCAGGGGAUGCCGGUCGCCCGCUGUAUGUGUCCCUCCGAGAUGAUAGGAAGGGACACAUAAGAAAACUAACCUGUAAACAUGAAGAAAUUAAAGCUUAAAGAGUUGGAAAGCUGCCUUCAACAAGUUGAUACUUUUGAAAGUCCAAAACUGCUUCUUGAACAGUAUCCAACGAGACCUCAUAUCGCAGCAUGUAUGCUUUAUACAAUUCACACAACUUUUGAUGAUAUCGAAAACAAAACAAUUGCAGAUUUAGGAUGUGGUUGUGGCAUGCUCAGCAUUGGAAGUGCAAUGUUAGGAGCAGGAUUGUGUGUGGGGUUUGACAUAGAUGCAGAUGCACUGGAGAUAUUUAAUAGCAACAUUGAAGACUUUGAGCUCCCGAACAUAAACAUGGUUCAGUGUGAUGUCUGUUCUUUAUCUGACAGCAUGUCAAAGACUUUUGACACAGUUAUUAUGAACCCUCCGUUUGGUACCAAGCAUAAUAAAGGAAUGGAUAUGAUUUUUCUGAAAACUGCUUUACAGAUGGCAGAAACAGCUGUAUAUUCCCUUCACAAAACUUCAACUCGGCAGCACAUUAAAAAGAAAGCAGAUGAAUGGGAAGUGAACAUGGAAGUCAUAGCAGAACUUAGAUAUGACCUACCAGCAUCAUACAAGUUCCAUAAGAAGAAAUCAGUUGACAUUGAAGUGGAUUUCAUUAGAUUUUCUGCCAAGAAACUCCUGACCUGAGGCAUGUCUUUAAAACUUACUGAAAAUGGAACAAUAAAAACAAUGGUUUUUUUAAUUAUCA